GAGAGCGAGAGCAGCACAUCUGGAGGAGUAAAAAAAAACCAUCAUUCCUUUCCUCUCCCUCUCUCUCUCCCUCUCUCCUCCUCACUCGCUUUUCCACUACAAGACAGACGACUCCUCUGCGGGAGGACUCGGCGAAGCUUAACCGCUGGAUGACAGGCGUCGUGCCCUCACGAUGCUGCUGAAUUACCGCUUAGCGACUGAAGUGAAAGAUUUCCCCCACUGAAAACUUCACGUUUACCCCUGAACGCGUCGACGCCGCCGACAACUAGACAACUUCGACCGAGGAAAGAAACUGAGAAACGUUGAGAAGAAGAAGCUCGAGUGCCUUCGUUUCCCUUUCUCGACGUUUCUUUCCGCCGUAACGUUAAAUCUCCCGAGGAAAAAGCGACUGACGGCCAGCAGACGGACACGGCGCGGCGGAGGAGCCCAACGGUCACGUAGCCUGACGAGCCAUCUUCUUCCUCAGAGCUGGGUUGGCCUUGAGACGCAGCCAUGCUGUCGCUGGACGAGCCGCUGGACUUGAAGAUUUCCCCGAACCGCGACAGGGCGCUCAGAACGUCCAUCUGCGCCCCGCUCCGAUUCGCCCGGACGCACGUACUGCGGCCGACACACAACUCCGACUCAGAUAAAGAUGUCCUGGACUGUCACCCUGCCUCAAAACUGGACGUCAGUCUGUCCCCCUCAUCCCCUCCCUCACCCCCCUCCCCUCCUCAUUCUGGUUCCAGUUGCAGCCCUCUACCGCCCCCUCUGAUCAGGGAUUCAGAGACCACCAGUUACCAGGAAGGCGAAGCGUCUCCUCCUCCAGGUUUCCAGUUCUUCCUGCCCAUUGGCGCCGGGGCCGGCCUCCGCCUGCCCAGCUCCUUGAUGAUUGGUCAGUGUCGCGAAAGACGGGAAUCACCUGAACCGGUGGAUGAACAGCUGGCCUGUCGCUGGCUAAAGUGCCACCUGCUGUUCGAGUGCCUGCAGGACCUGGUAGAUCAUGUGACUGAAUUCCAUGUGAAGCCAGAGAGGAGUUCUGGUUACUGUUGCCACUGGGAGGGGUGCGCACGCAAGGGCCGCGGCUUCAACGCCAGGUACAAAAUGCUGAUCCACAUCCGCACACACACCAACGAGAAACCACACCAGUGCGCUAUCUGCAGCAAAAGCUUCUCCCGGCUGGAGAACCUCAAAAUACACACCCGCUCCCACACAGGAGAGAAGCCCUACGUGUGUCCGUACGAAGGCUGCGGCAAACGCUACUCCAACUCCAGUGACCGCUUCAAGCAUACGCGCACACACUACGAGGACAAGCCCUACUGCUGCAAGAUGGCCGGCUGCCACAAGCGCUACACAGACCCCAGCUCCCUCCGCAAGCACAUCAAGGCUCACGGCCACUCCGUCGUCCAGGAGCCCAGGAGCGCGGAAGCAAGGCCAGGACGAGGAGGCGUGGGAGCAGAUCUUUCAAAUUUGAAUUUGCAAGGAAGAGCUCCCCUGGUCCUGUCAGAGGCCGCGCUGAGCAUGCUGGGGGCGCAGGCCUUGCACACCUUUAACGGGCCGCUGAUGGCUCUGGACCUUUCCAUGUCCUCAAGGCUCGCGGGGGCUGGAGCUUUGCUCUGCCACAGGGGGCCUCUUCUGGACCCCUUACUGCUUCCUCCCUCCCACAGGUUGGGGGCUAAGCAGAGGGGCGGAGCCAUGAAGGAGGAUGACGACGAUGACGACGAUGAAGAAAGAGAGAUGAAAGCAGGACGGGACACCCUGUCCUGGGUGUUCGUUCCACCUGGCAUGGUGAUGCUCAAGCAAGCUGUGGUCAGCUGAAUGGGCAUCAUGUGGUCAUGUUCUGCUUCCAGCCUAAACAGCUGGAUCAGUUCAGAAGUUUUUAAACGAACUUAAAGGCAGACUCCAGUAUAUUUCGUCCUAAUGUUAAGGUGCUGCAUCUGAAGGCCAGUCGAUUACCACGGACAGUCGUUUUGCUCGUUUCCCUUGGUAAAGAACCAAAUACCACUUCCUCAAGACAUACUUAUGAUAGAAGCCGUAGGGACAGCUGCUGAAUUCCAUCAGUAAACAUUUAUGCGAAAUCAUAUCUCAUUUAUAUGUUUGUGUACAGAAUUUAGUAACUGCUCAUUGGCUUCUGUUACAAAUGAGUUUACAGUCAACAGGAUUUCAUGUUAAUUCUGGAGGACUGAGUGGCCUAGAAAGACAAAAAUGUAUGACCCCAUUCGCUCACUUCAAGGGAAAAGCAGUGAAAUGGCUGUCGGUGGUAAAUGACGGUACAAUAAACACACAGACAGAGACAGAGAAAACUCUGGAACAUUCCCUUAACGAAGAUGUCGAUUGCAGGGUUGCUUUUAAGGGAUUCAGCUUCAUUUUAGCACUUUUGAAAGUUUUUGAUAUGAUUACUUGAGGACCAAGAUGUUUUUUUUUCUUUUUCAGUGUAUUCGAAUACUAACGACAGCACCCAUGAGAACAUGCAGUGUGCUUCUGUGUUGUAAAAGAAAAAAAAGGGGAAAAAAAA